AUGAAAAAAGUGAGACCAAACCCAAAAUUUCAUGUUUUGGGUAAAGUUUAUGACCUUCGCUUGAGAAAUAAGAAUUCUUCAACCUUCAAAUCGACAUUUUCUGUAAAUAGAACAUUUCCAACCAGUCACAACCAAGAAAAUUUGUACAAAUUCCAUUUUCAUCGCAUUGCCUCCUCGGAACGGAGAGAUCACACAAAAAACGAAAUAAUUUUUAAAAGAGAUUUUCAUCAUUCGUUUAACAAAUAUUACUUUCAUCAUCGCAUACUCCUUGAUCAAGAUUUUUCACACUCCAUCAAAAAAUCAACCACUUUACGAGAAUUUGAAAUGGUCGAAUCAAGUCUUCAGCAACAACAAACAGCAAACAUUCAUCAAGAACAUAAACAAUUCAAAUAUACCAAUAGAUUGGAGAAGGAAUCUUCUCCUUAUUUAUUGCAACAUCAGCAUAAUCCAGUGGAUUGGUAUCCUUGGGGUGAAGAGGCAUUUGAAAAGGCCAAACGAGAAAACAAACUUAUUUUUCUCUCCAUUGGAUACAGCACAUGCCACUGGUGUCAUGUGAUGGAACGAGAAUCCUUUGAAAAUGAAGGGAUUGCCAAGAUUAUGAAUGAAAACUUUGUCAACAUUAAGGUUGACAGAGAAGAGCGUCCCGAUAUUGAUCGAGUCUACAUGACCUAUGUCCAAAUUCAGACUGGUCAUGGAGGAUGGCCUCUCAGUGUUUUCCUAACACCUGAUUUGAGUCCAAUCUUUGGUGGUACUUAUUUUCCUCCCACAGAAUCCAUCUAUCGUGGAGGAAUUUCCUUUCCAACAUUGUUGAAGAGAAUUGCUACCUUAUGGAGAGAACAAGGAUCUAAACUUGUAGAACAAAGUGAAAAAACUGUUACCAUCAUUAAGAAGGCCUUUAUUGAGAAGAAUUCUCGAGAGGAGAAUCAAGCAGCAAGUGCUGAACAUAUUUUCCAGUAUGCUCAUGAGUAUUUAGCCACUUGUGUAGAGGAUUACUUGUCUUCGUUUGAUUCUGAAAAUGGAGGAUUUAGUAAGGCUCCCAAGUUUCCUCAACCUGUGAUUUUAGAUUUCCUUUUAAGGGAAUACUUGGAAGAAAAAGAUGAAACUAGAAAAUUGGAUAUUAUCAAUGCAGUGAAUUUUACAUUGACUAAAAUGGCAAAAGGUGGAAUACAUGAUCAACUUGCUGGAGGUUUUCAUCGAUAUUCUGUCGACAAUAUUUGGCUCGUUCCUCAUUUCGAAAAGAUGUUGUACGAUCAAGGCCAACUAGCACUCGUGUACGGAAAAGCAUAUCUCCUGACUCAAAACAAACUCUUUGCAACGAUCAUGCAAAAAAUUCUUGAUUACGUCUAUGGAAACAUGUCUCUCGAAGAAGAUGAUGGCACCAUUGGAUUCUUUUCUGCUGAAGAUGCCGAUAGUUAUCCAACAUUCCAAUCCACUGAAAAGAAAGAAGGAGCCUACUACUGUUGGGAAUAUAGAGAACUUACGGACCUUCUUGACACCAUGGUUCCAAGCAUUGGAGCAGUCAAACCCUCCGAAAUAUUCAAUUACAUGUUUGAUGUGAGAGAACGUGGAAAUAUUCCUUUAGGAAGUGAUCCUCAUGGAGAACUGACUGGUCUUAAUAUAUUAUAUGAAAAGAGAGAUUUAACAGAAGUCAGCCACAAAUUUAACACCAUCGAUUCAGUCACUCUCUCAAAAACCAUUGAAGAAUGCAAAGAGAUCUUGCUGGCAGAGAGAAAGAAAAACAAACCACGACCUCAUGUCGAUGACAAGAUUAUCACAAGUUGGAAUGGAUACAUGAUUAGUGCCUUUGCUUUGGGCUCUCUCGUUCUUAACAAUCAACACUAUGCAAACAUUGCUGAAAAAGCUGCACAUUUCAUUUAUGAAAAACUUUUUGAUCCAGAUCGAAAGAUUCUCUAUCGAAGUUAUCGUAAGAAUUCACAAAAAGCAAUUCCUAUUGAGGGAUUCCUUUCUGAUCAUUCGAAUAUGAUUGCAGCUCUUCUUGAUUUAUAUGAAGCAACAGGAAGAACACGUUGGUUGAAUUGGGCCUUUGAAUUGCAAGCGACACAAGAUCGUUUAUUGUAUGAUCCUCAAGAUGGAGGAUAUUUUGAAGAGAGUGGAACGGAUAAAAGUGUUCUCUAUCGAUUGAAAGAAUUGCAUGAUGCUGCAGAGCCGAGUGGAAAUAACAUGAGUGCCAUGAACUUGAUUCGUCUUUGCGAGUAUGAUUUAAAUUUGUCCGAGGAAUAUCAACAACGAUUUACCAAAUUAGUAGAGUUAAAUAGUAGAUAUAUCAUUGAACAUCCACAUACAGUACCUGGAUUGAUGUCAGCAUUGGGAAGAUUUGUAUCCGAUCGAGAGAUUAAUAUUGCCUUUGUGUUUGAUCAAUCGGUCACAAAUUUGAAAGAGGUCAUUCAAUACGUCGUUCAUCAAUCGACCCCUUCGCAAAGAACAUUCAUCUAUGUGAAUAAGGAUGAUCCUGAAUGUGUGGAUUUAAUCGAAAAAAGAUUACCUUAUUUGAAAGAUGCCAAAGUCUUGAACAAUAUGACCACCAUUUACAUUUGUAAAGAUUUCACUUGCCAACUUCCAACGACCAAUCCACAUGACCUUGUCAAACAUGUUUCAUCUCAAUAA